AUGCGUGAGUAUGAAGAAUUAGGACACUGUAGAGAAAUCCAAGAGGAAAAAGAUGACCCGAAUCAGCAAUAUUAUUAUCUUCCGCAUCACGCUAUACUACGUCCGUCCAGUUCUACUACCAAGUGCAGAGUAGUAUUCGAUGCUAGUGCUAAACCUACCGAGGCUAGUCUGUCGCUUAACGAUGUGCUUCAAGUGGGUGCAACAAUACAGAAGGAGCUAUACGAUAUAAUGCUGAAGUUCUGUACGCACCGGAUCGCAUUUACUGCCGAUGUGCCAAAAAUGUAUCGACAGCUAAACAUGCAUCCACAAGAUACACCAUUUCUACGUGUCUUUUGGCGAGAGCAACCAUAUGAUAAACUUCGGGUCUUGGAGCUUACAACGGUAACGUACGGGACAGCAGCAGCUCCGUUUCAAGCCACCAGGUGCUUGAAGCAACUAGCUGAAGACGAAUCAUUCGAUUUUCCUGUCGGUGCAAGAAUUGUCAAGGAGGAUUUUACGUGGAUGACGUUCUUUCUGGGGCAGAUUCACUUGCAGCGGCCAUCGAAGCAGCAGAUCAACUGA